GUUGGAAACGAGUAUAACAUGCACUGUCCUUGCUCUAUGUAACCACUGUCUAGUCCUGCAAGCCAGGUCUUGUUACUUGCCUCAUCAAGCUGGCACAAGCACCGUUCUGCUUCACUCUGCGGGCUUUGUUCAGUCCUGAGUGUCCGCACACUUACUCUCCAUCCGGACCGAUGAACAGUAAACAAACUUCAGGAGUCGGGUGGUCCAAUGAUUGCUGGGUUCGCGCAGGUCAGGGCCCACAGCUAAGAAUGCUGACUUUGUGAAUCACCUCCUUUUUUUUCCUUAGACUGCUUAAAGUCAGAGUACUAUAGAGUACAAACAGCUUCGAAGCGUUUUUAGGUGUAAAUAUUCCAUUCCAAAACUCAACUUUGAUGUGUUCAGGUCUGCUUUGUUUCCCUGUAGAUCAGUUGUAGGUUUGCAACAAAGAGCCAGAUCCGAUUGAGUAAAUCACUUGUGGAAGUUAAUUGUUCACAGUGAAAGCUGGUCUGGCUCAUUUUGCCUCUGUCACAGGAAGAGACAGAGGUGGUGUACUGGAUCUGCGUUCUAAACCAAGCACUGACGCGACUUUAAUUUUGAUCAGAUGUCUCUCUUCAGGGCACUAAAGAAAACCUUUGCAGUAGUCAAAAAGAGCCUCUUCUCUAGAGAAACGUAAGGAAAAAAAAAAGUAUUUUACAGAAAUAAAGUACUAAUAUAAAAUUUCAGCUUGGUCAAAUUUCUUUUGCAGGCUAUCAUAAAAUAAACCUACUUCUCCAUAUUUGGCAGUCACCAGAAUCAAAGAAUGUUUUGUUUUCUUUUGUUUUCUGGAAAAAAAAAAUAAUAUCAAAUUAUUUUUAAUGUCAGAUAUUGUAUGAUGGUAACUUUAUAUUCCAGCUGUUUUUAUUCACUACUGCUGUGUUUAAAUUAUGUUUGUACCAUCAACAUUUAUAAAUGCUUUUCAGAAACAGUUAUGUGUUUUGAUUUCUUUAAGUAACAGUCUUCUUUUCUUCUCUCCUUAGGACUGAAGCAGUGAGAAUGGAAGCCACACAGAUUAAUAUGUCCCGCGUCCCGCUGGUUAAUGGAGGCAUCGACACUGCACUCAAAGCACACAAACCCCGUGUGAUGUCCAAAAGCGGUCACAGCAACGUGCGGAUAGACAAAGUUGAUGGCAUUUACCUACUCUACCUUCAAGAUUUGUGGACUACAGUUAUAGACAUGAAGUGGAGGUACAAACUCACCUUAUUUGCUGCUACUUUUGUUAUGACCUGGUUCCUUUUCGGAGUUAUCUACUAUGCCAUUGCAUUCCUUCAUGGCGAUUUAGAAAUAAACAAGUUCACCCCAAAGAGGGAGCCAUGCGUCAAGAAUGUAGACUCUCUUACAGGGGCAUUCCUCUUCUCUCUGGAGUCACAGACGACCAUUGGCUAUGGAUUUCGUUUCAUUACAGAGGAGUGUCCGCAUGCCAUUUUCUUGCUUGUGGCCCAAUUGGUCAUCACCACCUUGAUUGAAAUCUUCAUCACAGGUACCUUUCUGGCCAAAAUUGCAAGACCUAAAAAAAGGGCAGAGACUAUUAAGUUCAGCCACUGUGCUGUCAUUACUAAACACAACGGAGAACUUUGCCUGGUGAUCAGAGUAGCAAAUAUGAGGAAGAGCCUUCUGAUACAGUGUCAGCUGUCUGGGAAGCUUCUUCAGACAUACGAAACCAAAGAAGGGGAGAGAAUCCUGCUGAAUCAAGCCAGUGUCAAGUUCAAUGUUGACUCCUCUUCAGAAAGUCCAUUUCUCAUUCUGCCUUUAACGUUCUACCAUAUUUUGGAUGAAAGCAGUCCUUUAAGAGAUCUCACACCUCAAAAUCUUAAGGAGAAGGACUUUGAGCUUGUGGUGCUCCUGAACGCCACAGUGGAGUCCACCAGUGCUGUCUGUCAAAGCAGGACUUCCUACAUCCCUGAGGAGAUCCACUGGGGUUACGAAUUCGUGCCUGUGGUUUCCCUCUCUCCAAAUGGAAAGUAUGUUGCAGAUUUCAGUCAGUUUGAGAAGAUUAGGAGAAGCACAGAUUCUUCUUUUUAUAGUAUGGACUCUGAAAAACAAAAAUUAGAGGAGAAAUACAGGCAGGAGGAUCAAAGAGAGAGGGAACUGAGAACAAUGUUGUUGCAGCAGAGUAAUGUUUGA